AUGUUGGGCCGACUGCUUAGCACGGCUGCUUCGAGCCUGAACCCGGCGGCAUAUUCUUCACGAAACAAUGGAAGUCCACUCGAAUCGGUGACCGAGGAGGAACACACCUCUGGCCUUCUCUUUCCCGAUGCCAGCCUCCUCCGCCGUUCCAAUACCCAUACGUACCCAUUACAGACAACCUUUCAUUCUCCGAAUGCUUCCACAGCCGGGGCAUACGACGAUCGUGGAGGAAUGGAACUGGAUGCCAUCAAGGACUUUCGGGUAAUUGUGGCUCAGAAUGCUCUGGGAGACCGUGAUGCGUGCGUUCUGCUGGACACACGUGCUUCCGCUGACCAGACCCCCACUGGCCUUGGUAUCGAUGCUCAGGGUCUGGACCAGUCUGGUGCCAGACAUUCACGAGCUGUAUCUAGUCUCACUCGCGGUCCCCGUCGAAAUUUCCUUGCCCAAUCCUCUGUCGUCGAAUCGAGCCCGCUCUCCGCAACCGCCGAUGUGCGACGGUCAUCUCCCGCAAGCCCCGGCGCUUUCUCCCGGGCUCGAGGCCGCAGCUCUACACUGGCACCGGCAGGAUCAUGGAAUGAGCCUGGCCACUCUCGGCAUGGGGCCGAUUCCAAUGACACCGGUCUGCUCAACUGCAUUUUCGGCAGCAGCGCAUUCAGCUAUCGUGGAUCUUCAACAAAAAUGCACAUCAUAUCCGCGGAUGAGGAUCCAGGCAUGGUUGCAAGUUUGUCCCCAGCUGCCCGGAGUCCAUUGGCACGUGCAUAUACCACAGGCAGCUCUUCGGGGAUGAUAGGUGCUGCACGAGGACCGGACGGCAAGGCACCUGCCAAGGUGACCGUUCUGGUGACUCGCAUGUUCAGUGUCAACCUCCCGGAAGGAGCUGAGGCAUCUGCUGAACGGAAUGACUAUGCCAAUUCCAUCUACCAAGAGUCUCUGCCGGAGAUGGGAUUCCCCUUUCCGGACGUCUCGAAGCGAAAGAAGAUUAAAGAGAAGAAAACGCCCAUGUAUGCGGUUGCUAUUACGAUUCAAAUUCCUUUGUUGGCGCGAAACUCUGGACGACCCGUUUCUCGAUUCAGCACUCUUGGCUCUGAUUCUCCUCGCCCCGGCUUGUCUAGCUCAUUGGAUUCGGAUUAUCGCUGGCCUAGUAGCUUUCUUGAUGAUAGCUUGUCAGCAGCAUCUCCCCCGGCGAGCCUGGAUGAGCGCCUAGACCUAUUGGUUGACCACUGGGAUGUCAUCACCCGCACCCUAUCGCACAUGGAAAGGCUUGCUAGGAACGAGAUCCUUUUUCUACUGAAGAAAGUGGAUUCUCUAUCUGGGCCACACCCGAAGCCUGCCAAGCCGCCAAAUAUGCAACGGACCAACCAAACUAUAGUUCACCUGCCGGCAAAUAUACUGUCCGUGAACUCCAAGCUCAAAGAGGAGGCCUUUCGCAGCACCCGCCGAAUCAGCUUGGCCCUCCAGACCCCCUAUGUACUGACCGGUCAAAGUCGAUGGGGUGUGUGGCGAGAGGAAGGGCGCUCCAUCGUCCGCGGUCUUGGUGAUAAGGAGUCAAACUUCUUCUUCCUCGUACUACUGACUGCGUUCCUGGGUAACCACACAGAAUGGCUCAAUGCCCUUGGGCCAGAGUGGUACCGUCGCCGGCAUAAUCAGCAGCAAAAGGCACAACAGGAUACCGACCCUAUUUUGACUCAUCGGACUGUUAUUGUCUGUCCUGACAAGAUGACUGCUCGUCGUCUCAUUUUCUUGCUUUCUGCAUUCGUCCCAUCCAAGCAGCGCCUGGAACCGCUGCCCUCACCAAUGCGACCUGGUACAUCGGCAUCAAUGCGUGCUAUUUCCCAGAGUCCACCAGCUGUGCCGGUGCUUCGUCAAGAGUCACUUCGCAGAGCGAUCGAGCGACGUGCCCGUGCUCAAAGAUUGAUGUCGGGUGAUACGGAUCACCACAGACGCUCCGUGAGCGUUUCGUCCCAGGACACAGCCCAGCGUCCAUCUGAUGUGGUAGAGCAGAUUGCCCCAGCGCAGUCUACGGCGUCAGCACGCAGAGGCUCAGAUGCCCGUUCGAUCAAAACACUGAGUGCAACCAUCCAGCCCAAGGACAUUCGGGCUCAGAAUACCAGUGGGGCAACUACCUCGAUGACUACCCAAAGCAGCACAGUUCCCGUGCCGCAUUUUACGUCAAAGCAAGCCCGUUCCAGCCAGGGAGGAUCCGAGCCCAGUGCAGCGGAUACCAAUGAGAGCCUGGCAUCAGAGAACUUGCUGAAAAGUCUGCAAAGGAGUGACAGCUCAACGCUAGGCACAAAUGGCAGCCUUCCCUCUGUUGGGGGACGGUGGGGUGGCCUGUUCUCUGGACUGUGGAGCUCGCGAGAGUCGUCCACUGAUGGAACUGAUUAUUAUUCCCCGUCCGAAGCUCGCAAGUUGUCUGUGGCUACAAUUUCGGGGCCACCCCCUCGUGCUCCACCUACCUUGAGCCAGAUGGUGAAAGAGGUCACAGAGUCCGAAGCGGGAUAUCGCCCUGAGACUGCUCCGAGCGGUAAUAUUUCCAUUCCGGCUGCAGCUCAUAGCUCCGAGGAUGAAUCCCCUGAGCCAUCCUCGCUUACGAGCCAAGUCCGUGAAUCUCCCCUGAAAUUAUCUGUUCGUGCGGAAGAAGGUGUGGUCGAUGUUGAUCUUCCACUUCCUGGUUUCUUAUCCCUUUCCUCGUCUGGGGAUUCGACUAUUGCAUCUCCCAGGAAAACUCGAACAUCAGUAACAAGCGUGGAUGCUAUGGCGUCUACGCAUAGCAGUGGCUCUGGAUUCCACGGCGCUAUGAAGGACGCUGACGGCCCCAGCACCCAUGUUGCUGGUUGGCUUAAGCUUUUCCAUGAAGAUUUUUCUCUGCAAGCAGUGCGCCCAUACGCUACCCUCGAGGCAGAUAUCAAACGUGCCAUGCGCGCGGAGCCCACUCCAUACAUUCCCUCGACUCCUGAUGUCGAGGGCUCAGAGAGAUGGGUGGAUGUGGCGACCACCUUGAUCGCCGACACCAGAAACUCAUCUGUCAAGCGUCUUCGGUUGAGACGCAAGAUAAUCAUCGGGGAAAGCUAUCCACAGAGUCACUCGCCUCCUUCACCAGCCAGUGCUCUUCACACCGGCAAUUCUGGUAAUUCUGGCGGAGGCGCCAGCUCCGCUUCUCCACUCACCACCUUCUUUACGGGCCAAACCAAGUCCACAGAGGAACCUUUUGUCGAACCCCAGGAUCCGAACUACGUUGAAGAGCGAUUCACGGAAGAGCCAGUCAUGGACCUUGACGGCAUUCUGGUUGAUGCCGUUGAGCGAGUUCUCGGUCAAAGCGGUUAUUCCUCCCUCGCACACUCGCGGGCCCCGUCCCCGUCGCGGGCUCGCCGAGGCGAAGACAACGGCCAAACGACCCCUCGUGGAGAAGACGCCCCCCCAAUUGAAGUCCCGCGUGCCGAAUGCCGCAAAAUGGUACUUGGGGCUCUUGAAGAGGUGGUUCGCACGGUCACUGCCGAGCACUGCCGCGAAGACGUGGACAGUGAGCUCGGCAUCGCUGACCGAGAGCGGCGACGGGCCUUAGCCGGUGCUGAUAACACCCUUCGCGAAGGCAUUCGGAAAUGGCUCCUCGACGUGGAAGAGGCAUGGUGA